CAUCGUAUUUACAUUUUCAUACAUGAAUUAUUUGACAUACCUUGAUCAUUAUAUUAUAGCUUCAAUUAUAUUUUUUAUACCAUCCUUGUUUUUUUUUUUUUUUACCACUAUCAUAUUUUUAUACCCUCAUCAUUAGUAUCAUGAUUACGUUUUUCAUACCUGAAUUACAUUUUUGGAACCCGUUAACAACUUCCACUACUCUUAAUACCAAGCAUAGGCACGUGUAUUGGCACCUUGCCCUCUUGUGGCGGCAGGCAUAAAAGCAAGCAUGCCUUCUCCCCACUAUGAGAGAUUUGGUGGGGGUAGAGAACAUCAGUUAGCUUCAAAAGCAUAAUAUGUCCUACCACGACAUAUGGCGUAGGCAUGGCAUAGCAUCAUGACACAUAGCAUGGCAUGUAGCACAACAUGCGACAUGGCAGAUGGGGCCUUGUGUGUGGCUGGCUCGACUAAAAAAUGUUUGGGAAUUUCUGAUGGUUUUGGAUUUUCCCUUUUGAAGAGACACUCUAAAUGCGGAAAAUAUUUUUCUAGACUUAGUGAUGAAUUUCGGGAAAUUAUGGGGCCUUCCAAGGAUAUGUGAUGUUUCAUCCUAUAUGAAUGGAAAUGACUUGGAAACACACCGAAGGGACACGCUUAAGGUAAGGGCAAGGCUUGGAGGAGCUAACACGAGGGCACAAAGCCUUUUUUUUUCUUUUUCUUUUUUCUCUUUUAUUGGAUUUUUGGAAAGAGCAUUUGUUGGUCUGAUCUCCAGAAAACCUUGGAUUCAUUUUUCAAAGGUUUUUACAUCCUAGUGAAACAAAAUAAGUGUUUUCUUUGGACAAUUUAGUUCCUGGCUCCCAAAAUGCUUGUAAUGGCCACUGUAAGGAGCAAUAAUGUAAGAAUGCACCAUGUGCUGCUCAUAGAAGAUGGAGUGCCCACUCAAACCACCCACUAAGUAUUCCAACUCCAAGUCAACAGCAUGGUGCAUUGAGACCACUGAGAGCUAAUGUAUGAAGAGGCAUUUGCCACCACUUGAAAACAUCCAAAACUAGAGCUAUUCCUCAGGUUCAGACAUGGACAAGUUUCAGAGCCAUGGAGUCAUUGUCCGCCUGCUACAUCUUCUUCUCCCCCUCCAACUAUUAUCCCUUCAAUCUCUUUCUUUAUCUUACACUCCUCCAAGUAAGUACUUCAUCAACUGUGGGUCACAGAACAAUACCAACCAUACUGGCAGGACCUUCGUUGGGGACGUGAGUUCUGACUCCUCUUUCACCUUAUCUCCGAAGCGGGACGACCCUGUUGUAGACAGCAGCCCUUCUCCGACUACAUCUCAACUCUAUCAAACAGCUAGGAUUUUCAAAGGGUCGUCUUCAUAUGUAUUUCACAUCGACCAAAAUGGCACUUAUUUGGUACGCCUCCAUUUCUUCCCCUUUUCUUCCCCAACUGAUCUCUCGACUGCUCUUUUCGAUGUUUCGGUUUCUGGGCUACCCGGGUUGCUUCAGAAUUUCUCUGUGCAAAACACCAGUAACCUUCCUCUGAUAAAGGAAUUCUUACUCACAAUUAAUAUCAGCAAAUUCACUGUGAAAUUUGAACCUUCUCAAGAGUCGUCCUUCGCAUUUGUAAAUGCAAUAGAAGUCUUCAUUGCUCCUGAUAGCUUUAUCCCUGAUUCUGCUCUACUAGUUACCCGAAAAGGAAGUAAAAAUAGUAGUUACAAGGGUCUGUUAUCUCGGGUUCUCCAAAAAAUUCACAGGGUCAAUGUUGGGGGAAGUGAAAUCGAACCCGGCUCAGAUACUCUAUGGAGAAACUGGGUUCCAGAUGACACUUUUCUUUUCAAUAGGAGCACUGCAAGAAAUAAAUCUUAUGAUCAGCCGAUUGAGUACCAGGAAGGCCAGAGUGAAUAUAAUAACAGUGAUAGAUAUAUUGCCCCGGAGAAUGUUUAUUUGACCGCCAAAGAAAUGAAUACAAAUGAGGGAGACCAGUUGCAAUCCUUCAACAUCAGUUGGGGUUUUAAUGUGACUAAGAAUGCUACACACCUUCUUCGGGUUCACUUCUGCGACAUCACAAGUGCCUCGCUAUCACUAAGUCCAUGGAUCAAUCUCUAUAUCAAUAGCAUCUUCAGUCGGAACAUAAAGAUUAUCACCUUGGCAGCCCCUUUUUACCUUGAUUUUGUAGUUGUUUCAGAUAAUUCCGGACUUCUUAAUAUCAGUAUAGGACCUCAUAGGGAUUCUCCAGUAAACAAUUCCUUUCUCAAUGGCCUGGAGAUUAUGGAAAUCAUGCAGGAAUUGGGUUGGGUUUCUAUCGAAAAUGAAUCUAAGAAGAAAUAUAUUCCUCUCCUAGUUGGUUCAGUUGUUGGAGGUUUGGCUCUUGUCUGCCUUGUGGUAGUUGUGUUCUUGUUGCAAUCAAAAUGCAGGAAGGGAAAGCCUGCUCAAGCUACGGAUUGGUUGCCAAUUACUGUUGAUAGGGGACUGAGUUCCCACGGCAAGCUACAUGAGGCAACCAAUCAUAGCUCCCCUGUUCCAUAUUUAAAUCUGGGAUUAAAGAUACCUUUUGCGGAAGUUCAGUCAGCAACAAAAAACUUCAGCAACAAGCUGCUGGUAGGCAAGGGUGGAUUUGGCAAAGUCUACCAAGGAACUCUCAGGAAUGGCAUGAAAGUGGCAGUGAAGAGAAGUCAGCCAGGACAUGGCCAAGGCCUGCCUGAAUUCCAGACUGAGAUAUUGGUGUUAUCCAAAAUUCACCAUCGCCAUCUGGUUUCCCUGGUUGGGUAUUGUGACGAAAGGAAUGAAAUGAUUCUGGUUUAUGAAUUUAUGCAGAAGGGCACUCUGAGAAGUCAUCUUUAUGAUUCAGAUUUGCCUUGUUUGUCUUGGAAGCAAAGGCUGGAAAUUUGCAUUGGUGCAGCAAGGGGACUUCACUACCUCCACACAGGUUCAGAAGGGGGAAUCAUUCACCGUGAUAUUAAGUCCACAAACAUCUUGCUUGACGACAACUUUGUUGCUAAAGUUGCUGAUUUUGGACUAUCAAGAUCAGGUCUUCCUCAUCAAACCCAUGUCAGCACAGCUGUAAAAGGCACCUUUGGAUAUCUUGAUCCAGAGUACUUCAGGACCCAACAGUUGACAGACAAAUCGGAUGUUUACUCUUUUGGUGUGGUUCUUCUGGAAGUGCUAUGUGCCAGACCAGUUAUCAAUCCCUCACUUCCAACGGAGCAAGUGAAUCUAGCUGAAUGGGUGAUGGUUUGGCAGAAGAAAGGAUUACUUGAACAGGUUAUUGAUCCUUUGCUCGUGGGUAAAGUCAAUCUCAACUCACUAAGAAAAUUUGGUGAAACGGCAGAGAAAUGCUUGCAGGAAGAAGGUGCUGAUAGGCCUACUAUGGGUGAUGUGGUGUGGGACUUGGAGUAUGCUUUUCAGCUUCAACAAACUGCAAUGCAGAGGGAGCCAUUAGAGGACAGCACAAACGAUGCUGCUUCCACGUUUCCAUUGCCUACCAUUCAGCGCUAUCCUUCAUAUAGCUUAUCAAUUUCAAACAUCCAUGGGCCCGAAAGGAGGGACGGCAGUUCAGAGACAACAGAAAGUGAAGUUUUCUCCCAGUUGAGGAUUGCCCAUGGCAGAUAACUUCAGUGUCCUUGAGGCAAGGUUAUGAGUUCACGUUUGUUCAGCUUCCACACACUGUUUUAGGUGUAGAAUCAGUGAUAAAGUUUAUCAACUGCUUAAGAUGUGUUGUUUCUAAUGGGCUCAAGGGACUAGUAUAUUAGCCUUGAUAAGUUGGCAGAUUGGCUUGUGUGUCAAACAAAUUUCAGUUUAUGAGAAAUUGGACUAAUAAAUCUCUACCCCAUUAGAAACUCUACCCCUGCUUCUCUUGUUGAUUAAUUCAUUUAAAUUACAUGAGUAUCAAUGCUUCUGUUCUCUA